UUGUAUCAUUCAAUCCUUAACCGUCUGAGCAGCUAUACGGCAGCAGCAGUCAGCCAAAAGCGAGAAACACACAAAAAAUACAGUUUUCCAUCCAAGAGAAAGUGCGUUCGCCGCCGAACUACGUGACAGUGUAGUGUGGACCCACAAAAGGACUAUCCUAAAGAACCCAAUCCAAAAUUCGUGCAAGAACAAAUCAUAAAAAAACCAAACCAAUAAGCAAAAUGGCAAGCCAUAAAGUUACUUUCGGUGUCUUGUGUCUGGUCGCCCUGAGCGCCGCCCUUCCCGCCGAGGAGACGCGUGGCCACGCCCGCAACGCCAUCGGCGGCGAGAAUGACAUUAUGGAUAGCAUCUACAGCGACUGUCUGCGCAAGGACUCCGUCUCGUGCGUCAAGUACAAGCUGUUCAGCUUCGUGGACAAGGUGCUCGGUGCCCGCGACCAGUUCGCCCUGACCGAAGGUGUAACCGUCGUCCGCUCCUCGGAUGCCCCACAGCAGGAGGCUGCUCGCUCCAUCUCCGGCGACGAGUCUUUCGAAUCCCUGGCCCUGAACCGCAUCAGCAGCUUCCUGAACUCGCACACCAUCAAGGUGGAACUUAAGGGUGCCGAUAUCGUCCAGGCUGUCAGCUCCACGGGCCGUGCCCUCGAGGAUGCCUCCGAGUCUCUGUUCGGCUCCAACGACCCCAACGCCCCCGAGGAGAGCCGUGGCAAGAAGAAGAAGGCCGCCAAGAUCUUGGGACCCAUCCUUGCCCUCGUUGCCCUGAAGGCCGCCGCUCUGCUGCCCCUGCUCUUGGGUGCCAUCGCCCUGAUCGCCGGAAAGGCUCUGCUCAUUGGUAAGAUCGCCCUGGUGCUGUCCGCCGUUAUUGGCCUGAAGAAGCUGCUGUCUCAGGAGAAGCACGUGACCUACGAGGUGGUUGCCCACCCACACCACAGCAGCAGCCACUCGACGAGCCACGACUCGUACGGCAGUGGCUACAGCGCCGAUGCCGGAGCCUCCUCGGCUUCUUACGGCAGCAGCGGUCACGGUGGCUGGGGACGCUCCAUCGAUGCCCAGGACCUGGCCUACGGUGCCCAGAAGCCCGUCCAGGCCUAAGUCACUUGGCCAAACCACAAAAUCACUCAAGAAGAUGAAUCAAAAUCGCGAACACACACACGACUCGAGCUGCAGAGCUCGACCGAGACUCUCGAAGAGGAAAACACAAACAUUAUUUAUCGUUCGUUUUAAUUAAUUUAUUAAUUUAAUUUAUUUUAUUUAUUUCUCCAAGCAAUGAAAACGAAAAAGAUUGAAUCACAAAACACAAACAGAAACACGCAAGAUAAUGUUAAACCGGACAGAAACCAGAAUCAGAACCAUAUAUGUUAGUUGUUAAAACUGAUGAAGCUAAAGUUAAGUUUGUAAAAAGAGCGGCCAGCGAGAGUUAACCCACAAGUUGCAAAUACUCAGCCUUAAGUCUAAGCUCGCACAGCACUUCCCCGAACCAUCAGCCACUCGAUCACCCCAACUGCAUCUCUAUCUAAUGCACUCUCAUCCAUCUGUCUCUAUAUCUAUAUGUCUAUGCCUAUAUCUAUAUCUAUAACUAUAUCUAUAUCUAUAUCUGCAUCUACAUCUCCAUCUAAUUCUAUCCACCUAUCUCUAUAUUUCUGUGCUUCCAUCUUAAACUGUAUACUGCCUAUACCAAAACUCUGCCGAUUGCCAUGCAAUCUGAGCAACGUACAAAUCCUAACUCUACAGUCUAUAUCUGUACUCUAUACUCUGCCUGUUCAACUAUGUUCUUCACAUGCAAUUCUAGUCUUACAAUACAACAACACCAGCAACAAGCAUGCCUACUAUUAGCUUUAACUCCUCUAGCCCUAACUCUAUCUAUCUUUCCGUCAAGUCUAUCUGUCAAAUCUAUCUAUCUACUAUCCUUCAUUUUCUCGCCUUCAACUGAGUCAUAGUUUUGGUCAUUCGCAUGCCAUCACUUGCCAUAGGUCUCCGAACACACAUCGCCACACCAAACUGAACUCAUUUUCCGGCCAAACUUCAGAGCCACUAUUUCCUCACUCGACACUCGACUUCCACUUCGACUCUUCAACUUUCUCAUUUCUCCUAUCUGCCAUCUCUUUUCGCCGUCCUCUGCUGCCUCUACAUCUGUCACUUUCUAACGCUCUACUUUCCCAAAAAAAAAAACAACAAGAAAAGCAAAAAACAACCACUGCUACUCAUACAUGCACACGCACACGCCUAGUAAUUCCCCCUAAUGUUAAAAAUAUUUUUUUUCAAUAUUUUAACUCCUUAAGC